AUAGGUAAUACAGAUUAAAAGUAGCUUCGAAACUAUACACUGCUAAAAGUAACUCCUAGUAAUUUGAAGUUCGUUCGAACGUUCGUUGUUAUUAACGAUUGAAAUACUUAUAAUACUUGAUAAUUUUGAUUUUAAAUAAUCGUUAGAAUUAAUAAAAAUGGCUGAAAUUCCUUCCGUAACACUUGCAAAUGGUUAUAAAAUGCCUAUGUUUGCUUUAGGAACAUAUUUGUCUCAACCAGGAGAAGUAGAAAAAGCUGUUAUGGAUGCUAUUGAUCUUGGAUAUCGUCACAUUGAUACAGCUUUCUUUUACGAAAAUGAACAUGAAAUUGGUACUGCAAUACAAGCAAAAAUCGAAGAUGGAACUGUCAAAAGAGAAGAUCUUUUUGUUACUACGAAGCUAUGGAAUAAUCGUCACAAGGAAAAGGAUGUAGUUCCAACUUGUAAAAAAUCUUUAGAGAAUCUUGGUUUAACUUAUAUAGAUUUAUAUUUAAUUCACUGGCCAUUUGCUUUUCAAGAAGGUGACGUAUUGGUACCCAAAGACAAAGAUGGUAAACUUUUAUUAUCAGACACUGAUUAUAUUGAAACAUGGAGGGGAAUGGAAGAAUGUGUUCAUAAAAAAUUAACUCGUAGUAUCGGUGUCAGCAAUUUUAAUUCUGAGCAAAUUGCUCGAUUAAUGAAGUCUUCUAAUAUUGUUCCUGUAAAUAAUCAAGUCGAAGUUAGUGUUAAUCUCAAUCAGGAAAAAUUAAUAAACUUUUGUAAAAAGUACAAUAUCGUAGUAAGCGCUUAUUCGCCUCUUGGAAGACCUGGAAAUAGAUUAGGUAUAAAAAAUUCUUUGGAUAAUCCAAUAAUUAUUAAAGUGGCAGAAAAAUAUAAGAAAACUCCAGCUCAAAUUGCACUUAGAUACGUCUAUCAACAAGGUGCUGCAGUAAUUGCUAAAUCGGUAACGCAAAGUAGAAUUAAAGAGAAUAUGGAGAUAUUUGAUUUCGAACUAACACUGGACGAAAUGACAGCUAUAAAAUCAAUUGGUACCGGCGAAAGAGUAGCACCAUUGACAGAAGUACAAGGUCAUCAAUAUUAUCCAUUUUCUAUUCCAUUUUAAAGCUCAUAAAGUGAACAUAUAUGAUAUCUUUAUAGAUUUGUGCGAAUGUAUCAAUACAUUUUAAUCUUUUGUUUUAAAACACUAGGUCAGAUAUAUAUAUAUAUAUAUAUAUAUAUAUAUAUAUGACUGAGUAAAUAAUUUUUUAUUUAGUUUUAAAAUAUAAUGCACAUAUUUUUGAAUAUAUUGUUAUGAAUAUAUUAAAGAAAAUUUUAAUACAUUAAAUAACAUGUGAAUAUAGUAACAACAAUGAAUUAUAUAUAUUAGAUUCGCAGAGUCAGAUAACAAUGCGGGAACCCUUUUCAAGGAUGAUUUCAUCAAUCAACUUGCCAAAUUAUCAUCCAUCGCCCCUUCUUUUCUGUCUAGUCAUCCCCUCUUCUGUCGCCUCUUACUAACAUGAAUAAGAACAACGUCUUUGUUCUUGAUAAAGCGAAAUUCAUUCGUAAUAAAAUCGUGCCAUGGGUACUUUCCACUCUUUCCAUUCGUAAAUACUAGUACGUUUAUUAAAAUAUCUGAUAAAAAUUAAACCUUUUAAACUGGAAAAAUAGUCAUACAUAUUAAUGAACGUAAUAUUCUUUAUCAAUAGUAACCGCACUUAAAAUUUUUUACUAUUAACGCAAAUGAAAAGUGAUAAAAAAAAAAUAAAAUAAAUAAAUAAAAGAAUAGAAAGGAAAAGCAAAAAUAAUGAAUAAUGCAUAAGUUAUAUUACUUGUUAGCAGUUAAUUACAAUUUUGAAUCGUUAUAUUAUAUCGCUAUAAAGAAUGCAAAAAAAUUCUUUUUUUUUUUUGUAUUAUUCUUUCGGAUGUCUUUCAUUAUCUUUUUUAUCAUCGGUUUUAAAAAGGAUGAACAAAAUUUUUUAACGAAUCAAAUAUAUAGAUUACUUUCGGUCAUGUGUCGAUAGAGAUUAUAUAUGCUACGUGUGUGCGUACGUGUUUGUAUGUGUGAGAGAAAGAGCAAAAAAGAGAGAGAGAGAGAUGUAUCGGACUAAAAAAUCUUUCAAAUAUUUUUUAAUCAAUAUACGUACGUGCAAUAUUAUAUAAAUCAAAUUAAUGUUAAAUAUUUUUUUUUUACACUCGACAAUAUUUUUUUUAUACUAUCAUGAGUGUUCCUUAUCAAAUAAUCAUCAUGAAUGUCAUUUCAUAAUUGUAUAUUUAAUAAUUGGCUUAAAACGAUUUGUCUUUAUCUUUUUCAUAAGAUAUAUACACAUUUACUCGAAAUAUCAACUUUAGAGUUAACAGAAAUGAAAACGACGGUAUAUAAUAAUAUAAAGGAUCGAUUCAUCAUUAAAACAUUAGGUUAAUAGAUAAAGACGGACGAUCACGACCUUAACCUAUUCACAAUCAUUUCAUUUUUAAUCAGAAUUUGCAAAAGAUAAAAAGAGAAAACAUUUACGCACGUCAAUGGGAAAAUAUCGAUGAAAACUCUGUGUAUAUAUUAUAUAUAUAUAUAU